AUGGACGCAACGACCCCAAUGAAAUUGACGUCAACAGCCACAAUGGCGCUAACGACCACGAUGAUCUCAACAGCCACAAUGCCGCCGACAGCAACAAUGGUCUCAACAGCGAAAAUGGCUCCAAUAGCCAGAAUGUGGUCGGCAUCAACGCAGAAUGUGGUCGCAACGAAGAGUGCAUCCCUGGCUGCGCCUGUGCUCGCGGAUACGUCAGAGAUUCUAAUAACCAAUGUAUUCUUCUUAAUCGGUGUAAACACCACUAAUUGGUUUGGACCAAUGAAGGGCUAUUCUUGAAAAACAAUAAUUAUCUAAAGGAGUAAUAAAACAUAUACCACAG